GUGCCAAAAGGCAGAAAAUGCUGCAGGAUCAGCCAGGGGAAGCAGCUCUGGCCACAGCGCCAGCAAGUGAGGCAGCAAAAGAUGAGGCCGAUGUGAAGCCACUGGAAGUUGAAGAUGGCGACUCUGAGGAUGGCUUGGUGACCAUCACUGAGAAGAACCAGACUGUGGUGCUUGAGGGCUAUGGAGAUGUUGUGCCACGACAUUGGCAGCAUCGCCUGGAGAGAAUGAUCCCU